AUGUUGUAUCAAUCAACUGUUAAUACUUUAAGGCCUGUUUACAAUUUGGUUAAAUUAGAAUUAGAUGAUUAUGAAGAAAAUGAACUAGUUCUUGAUACUAUUCAUGAUUUAAAAUUAUUUUUUGAGAAUUCUAAUAAUUGUACUUGCCGUCGAACUUCAAAGCAAAGAGAUCUUAGAACUUGCUUUGAAAAAGUAGGAUUUAAAUGUUUUUUUGAAAGAUAUUUUGAGUUAAAAGCUUUAGAAGAACACGAACUUGAAUUUUUUAUAAAGUCGCAAUUAAUGUCGUUUGCAAUUACUGAUGAAAAAUCAAAUAAUAAAACUUCUAUAAAAUACACAUAUAAGUUUAAUUAUAAUAAUUCUUUACCUCUUUGGUUAACUGAACGUGUUCAUAGAAAUACAGAACAUGCAUCUAAAACAGAAUCGAGAGUUUUUUUAGAUUUUAAUAUAACAUUUUCAAUUAAGCAGUUUUUAAUACAAUAUGGGACAAUUUAUGGAUUUUCUUCUCCAUUACGGCAUCAAGACGAUUCUGGCGUUUUUAUUUAUUUUCCAACCAGUCGGACCUAUGUCUCAGUUUAUAAUGAAUUUAAAGAAAGUUUUUAUCUUACUCAUAACCAAUCAGAAAAAAUAGCUAAAUUAUUAGUUGCAAAACAAGAUAUUAACAAAUAUAGUAAAGUUCAAGUUGAAUAUGACGAACAUAAAAAAGCUGCAGAUCUUGAAAGACAAUAUUAUAAUAAUAAUGUUGAAGAAAAAAUUGGAAAGGUUUAUGCUUCAAAAAAAUCAGGUGGAGAGGAAAAUUCUUUUCAAUUAUUACGUAAUAACACUUUUGAUAAAAAUAGUAAAUUAGAUACUAUUUCUACUAUACCAUUAUCGGAUGAUCAUAAAAAAUAUUUAUAUACAAGAAUUCGCCAACAUAUUGAUGAUCAAUAUAAAGAUAUUCUUUGUCCACAACCUGAUAUUAUUUCACUUUUGGGUGUCAUAAGAAAUUUCAGGUAA